CUCAGGGUGGCGGGGAGCGAACGACGCGACGGGGAUCCGGGACUGGCGCCGGCUCAGUAGGGAUGCCGUCUCUCGUCUCCCGGGCCGCGGGCCCCUGACACGGUGCCGUGGGGAGGAGUCUUCGUCAUCUUUCCCCCUAAACGCCGAGGGCCCCACACGUGUCGCGUUGCGAUUCACCCUUUGGUCCUGUCAACUCGUCUGACCUUUUUUUCGAGUUACCGCUGAUGACCUGAAGUGAUGAGAAGGUUUUUGUUACUGUAUGCUACUCAGCGAGGACAGGCAAAGGCCAUAGCAGAAGAAAUAAGUGAGCAGGCUGUGUCUCAUGGGUUUUCUGCAGAUCUUCACUGUAUUAGCGAGUCGGAAAAGUAUGAUCUGAAAACUGAAACUGCUCCUCUGGUCGUGGUUGUAUCCACUACGGGUACUGGAGAUCCGCCUGACACAGCCCGCAAGUUCGUUAAAGAAAUACACGACAAGACACUACCCACAGACUUCUUUGCUCACCUGCGAUAUGGAUUAUUGGGUUUGGGUGACUCAGAAUACACAUACUUCUGCAAUGGAGGGAAAGUGAUUGACAAACGACUUCAGGAGCUUGGAGCCCAGCACUUCUAUGACACCGGACAUGCCGAUGACUGUGUAGGUCUAGAGCUCGUGGUAGAACCAUGGAUUGCUGGACUCUGGGCUGCUCUCACAAAGCACUUUAAGUCACUCACAGGACAAGAAAAGAUGGGGGACACACUCCUACGGGCAUCAGAUGCCCCCUUGAGCGCUGCCGUGAAGCCAGAGUUGUUACCCAUCCAAUCACAAGUUGAACUUCUGAGAUUAGAGGACUUGGGAAAAAAGGAUUCUGAGCUUUGGGAACAAAAUAAGAUGAACAAGAGUCAACCAAGUCUGAUUGAAGACUUUGCAUCUUCACUCAUCCAUUCAGUUCCCCCACUCUCACAAACCUCCCUAAGUGUUCCUGCUUUGCCCCCAGAAUAUUUAGAGGUCCAUCUUCAGGAGUCUCUUGGCCAGGAGGAAAGCCAGGUAUCUGUGACCUCAGUGGAUCCAAUUUUUGAAGUUCCAAUUUCAAAAGCUGUUCAGCUCACUACAAAUGAUGCCAUCAAGACUACUCUGCUGCUGGAGUUGGAUGUUUCCAAAACAGAGUUUUCCCAUCAACCUGGAGAUUCCUUCAAUGUGAUCUGUCCAAACAAUGAUUCAGAAGUACAAAGCCUGCUUCAAAGGCUGCAGCUGGCUGAUAAACAAGUGCACUGUGUCGUCUUGAAAAUUAAGACGGACACUAAGAAGAAAGGAGCUGCCGUUCCGCAGCAUGUACCUGAGGGACGUUCUCUUAAGUUCAUUCUCACCUGGUGUCUUGAAAUACGAGCAGUUCCUAAAAAGGCAUUUUUGCGUGCCCUUGUGGAAUGUACCAGCAGUGCUACUGAAAAGCGGAGGCUACAGGAGCUGUGCAGUAAACAGGGAGCAGCUGAUUACAACCGUUUCAUCCGGGACGCCAGUGUCUGCCUGCUAGACCUCCUCCUUGCCUUCCCAUCCUGCCAGCCUCCGCUCAGCCUCCUGCUUGAGCACCUGCCUAAACUCCAGCCUCGCCCAUACUCAUGUGCAAGCUCCAGCUUAGUCCAUCCAGACAAGCUUCGUCUCGUGUUUAACAUCAUAGAGUUUCCGUCUAACACCACAGCAGCCACGCAGCGGAAGGGGGUCUGCACAGGCUGGCUGGCCACAUUGGCUGCUCCAUUUCUUCAGCCAAAUACAGAAGCUUCGCAUGCAGACAGUGGUGCAGCCCUGGCUCCUAAGAUACUUAUCUCUCCUCGAGCAACAAAUUCUUUCCACUUACCAGAUGACCUUUCCGCCCCCAUCAUAAUGGUGGGUCCAGGAACUGGCAUAGCCCCCUUUGUCGGCUUCCUCCAGCACAGAGAGAAACUCCAAGAACAACACCCAGGUGGAAAUUUUGGAGCAAUGUGGCUGUUUUUUGGCUGUAGACAUAAGGACAGAGACUAUUUGUUCAGGGAAGAGCUCAGGCAUUUCGUCAAGACUGGGGUCUUGACUCACCUGAAGGUCUCCUUCUCCAGAGAUAACACACCCAAGGAGGAGGAGGACCCUCCAAAGUAUGUGCAAGACAACCUCCAUCGGCACAGCCAGCAGGUGGCCAGGCUCCUCCUGCGAGAGAAUGGCUACAUCUACCUGUGUGGAGAUGCCAAGAACAUGGCUAAGGAUGUGAAUGACACCCUUGUAGAAAUCAUAAGCAAAGAAGCUGGAAUUGACAAACUAGAAGCAAUGAAGACCCUGGCAACCUUAAAGCAAGAGAAACGAUACCUGCAGGAUAUUUGGUCAUAAAACUGGGAAGAAGACAUUGAAGGUUUUUUGGUUUGUUUUGUUUUUCUUCAAAAGGCCAAAAGACAAUUUUACAGAAGCUCAGUUUAAAAAUUGUACAGCAUUUCUUGGAGAAGGUUGUGUUGGAAACAGAUUGCUUACACAUACAGCAAAACUAUCUGAUGCAAUCUCAAGGUUGUCUCCCACUCUUUAUCUGUGGCCCUGCCCAGCACCUCACUGUGUGGAAGAGAAGAGGCAUCUGUCACCUGGCACCCCAUUGCACGUAGGCUCCCCAAUAGGUCAGGUAAUCGACAGCUUGCUUACCUGUGCCUGAGCACAUCAUGGAAACCUUAUGGACACACCUUUCUAUGAAGUAUAUCCGAAGAUAUUUAUACUGAUAUUUAAAUUAAUACAAAUGUAAAACAUACUUUUUGCAUGUCUAUAUAAUUUAAUUGUGGUUUGCUAUCAGAAUUAUAUUCCUGAUAAACUCUUUUAAUUUUGAGGUAAAUUAAGGGAGGGUGGUACUAGAAAUAUAUUUUGAAAUAUAUUUGAAAUUUUCUGCCUUUUUCAUCAUGAUUCUUUUUAGUGUCACAAUUUGAUAGCUUAGGGGCAUUUGCAUUGCCCUUGCAGAAGACAUCAUGUGUACAUUUCAGUCACGUUACGUCCUGUUCUUCUCCUGGAUCCUUUCAUCACUGAUAGAGUUGGUUUGCACUAACACCUGACUUUUAUGACAGCUCAGAUUGUAUCCUAGCCUUAAAAUACUCCAGUUAGAUUUCUAAUGCCAAAUAAAGUACAUAGAAGGAUUCUGCAUUAGUUGUGUGUAUUGUUAAAACCAGGACAAAGCAACUCAAAAGAGCAGGGUUUUCGCUCACAGUUCCAGUGCACAGGCCAAGGUGGUUGGGAAGUCACAAUGGCAGAAAAUGAAGGCAACCGGUCACAUCACAUCCACAGGCAGGAAGGGAAAGAUGCCUGUGCCUGGCUAGCUUUCUGCUUUUCAUAUAGUCUAGAACCCCUACCCAUGGGAUGGGUCUGCCUAGAGUUAGUGUGGGUCUUCCACCUUACUUAGCCUAGUCUAAAGACCCUUUUGCAGGCGUGCCCAGUGAUCUGUCUCCAAGGUGAUUCUAGAUCUUGUCAACUUGAUUGUCAAUGUAACCAUCACAGUUACAAUAAACUUUAUCUAAUGUG